ACGUGAUGAAGAAAAUUUCGUUAACGAUAUCUUGUACUGUGUAAAGGUAUAAAAAUCAAGAUUUUAGACAUGAAUUUUCAAAAUACUGGAACAAAAAAUUUCUUGCUGAAAGUAUUUUUGUACCUUUGAAGUCUUGUUAAAACACGAUGAAGGGUAGAAAAAAGUUUGCUCCUAAGACUUCCGUUAAGGGAGAAAAUGAGAAGAUUAAAGGAACUGUUCCAGACACAAUUUUAAAACAAGCAAGAAAAUCUGGUCAACUGAAUUUAUCAAAUCGUGAAUUGAAAACAGUUCCCGAGAAAGUGUGGAAAAUAAAUGUGGAAAUUCCAGAAGAGGAAAGAAAUGCAUCGCUGGAUUCUGAUGAAAAGUGGUGGGACCAAAUACAAUUAAAUAAACUAAUUCUUGCUUCAAAUCAACUAUCAACAAUUACUGCUGGUAUUCAAUUGCUGGAAGCCUUGGUUGUGCUUGAUCUUCAUGAUAAUGAAAUCAAUUGUUUACCUGGAGAAAUUGGAGAUCUUCAACAUCUGAAGAAGCUCAAUUUAAGUUACAAUAAACUGACUAGUCUUCCAAUUGAAAUUGGUAAUCUUUCAUCACUUGUUUCACUUAUGGUUCAACACAAUCAGUUGAAUGUGCUUACAGAAGAUAUUGGAAAGUUGGACAAGCUUGAAGAGUUGGACGUGUCUUAUAAUUUGAUGGGAAAAUUGCCAAUAUCUUUGGGAUCCUUGAUCAAUUUACGAAAAUUUAACAUCUCUAAUAAUUGUUUAAAGUAUUUUUUAUCAAACAUUGCUGGAUUGUCAGAUUUGUAUGAAAUGGACUUAUCAAACAAUAAACUGGAAAGUUUACCCGAAGAUUUAAGUGAACUAUCAAGAUUGGAAAGACUCGACUGUCGGUACAAUAGCUUGAGAAAAGUUCCUCUUUUGAAAUCGUGCUCUCGUCUUAAGGAACUUUAUCUUGGAUAUAAUCAAAUUGGAAGUUUAACCUCCGUGGAAAUCUUGUCUUUAACAUCUGUGAUGAUUUUGGAUCUUCGUGAUAAUAAAAUUGACAGAUUACCGAAAGACAUCACAGCUUUGUCAAUGCUUGAAAGACUGGAUAUCUCUAACAAUGAUUUGUCUGAACUACCUUAUCAAAUGGGAAACAUGAAUAAAUUAAAAUCGAUCGUCUUAGAUGGAAAUCCUUUAAGAAGUAUUCGACGAGAUAUCAUAAUGAAAGGAACUGCUGCAUUGUUAAAACAUCUAAAAAAUAAAAUUCCUGCCGACGAAGAAGGUGGCAGCACAAGUGAAGCACAGACCGAACUGACAGAUCAAUCAUUAAGUGAUCCUUUAGUGAACGUACAUUUAGUUAACACGAAUAAAAAAUUAAACUACAGUCAAAAGAAAUCAGUUAUUAUUCCUGACGAGAUUUGGUCGGCUGUUGAAGGAACUGGAAUAUCUAACAUUGACUUCAGUAAAAAUCUUUUAGAGGAAGUUCCUUUAAAAUUGUGUACUUUUGAAGAAACGCUUGUGUCUGUCAACCUUGGAUGCAACAGAUUGACGAAAAUCCCUCCCGAAUUUUGUCUUUUAUUAAGAUUAACUGACCUGGAUAUUCGAAAAAACAACAUCUCUUCUCUUCCCGAAGAAUUCAAGUUACUAACUCAGUUAAGAGAAAUUAUUUUAUCUUAUAACAGAUUUACUAUUUUACCUGAUGUUCUCUUUACUCUUCCAAAGCUGGAAGUUAUUCUUGCUGCAAAUAACCAGAUUACAACCAUCAAUGUUGCUGGUGUUCUGAAACUCAAAUUAUUGUCAUGUCUUGAUUUGUCAAACAAUAAUAUUUCUAAUGUUCCCCCGGAAUUGGGAAAUGCAAAUUCACUUAGAUCUCUUCAGCUUGAAGGAAAUCUUUUUCGUAAUCCUAGACCUGCCAUCUUGAAUAAAGGAACCACGGCCUUACUUCAAUAUCUUAAGGAUCGCAUACCAACGUAAUACUGUGAUUUUUCUCUCCUGCAUUAAUUAUUCUUUAUCGUGACGUCAUCAAGGGAAGAAGUUUUCACCAGUUCGUUCAUGUCUAUGAAUUUGGCUAACAGCAGAAAAAACUAUAAAAUUAGCUGACGUUUAUUUACCGUCUUUUGAUCACUUUGGUAUAUCAUCCAGAAAAAACGACAAAAAGUAUAUUGUUUAGGAAUGUUUCAAUUUUCUAAUAAAAAAGCAAGAUAUAGUAAAAUAAGAUCGCCGCCCAAAUAAUGUUAUGAGUCUGUUAACACAUUUGAAUGAUUAUAAACGUGAUCUGAUACAAUUGGAAGCAAACCGCAACUUUGACAAACCGUUAAUUUUCUUUUUGUCAAUGCAUUUUAAAGUCUGCACUAAGAUUGGUUCAGAAAUACUUGUUCAAGAUACUAACGAUUCUUUUGAAACGUGUCGUAAUACUAUGUUUCUCGCAAAAUUUAAAUACAACUGAAUUUUUUUUUU